GGUGAUAAGGAAGUGAUAACGUUGAGUGAUAAGGCAGAUAAUGAUUCUUGUUGCGGUUGCAGUGAAAUGCGGAAUUGUGCAUGUGAAAGUCACGUGGCCGAGUUUUUGGCCCGUUUGGAUAUUUUACCAAUGGAACAAGGCGUGCGGAUUGGUUUCAUAAGGCAGUUUUUGCUGGCAUUGGAGAAUAAGGCCAGGGCCUUCAUAACGUACGUUCAGGACGCAAGUAGACCGCGUGAUGGUGAUAAAGAGCACGCGUCCAGUUGUAAGUGGAGUUUGAGUGCGGCACGAAAGGCUUUAGACUUGUAUUCCGAGGCGUGGUUCGGCAUUGUUUUAGCUGUAGCUGACCGUCUGCAGCCGGAUUUAGCACGUUUCAUAUAUGAUUCGAGAAGUGGAUGA